UUUUCUCGCUUGUUUUUAUGUAGUGCUAUUCAAGGCCGUGCUGGGUUUUGGGGCAGGCAGCUGCUUUUUGGUGACUUGAGGCAGUGUUUCCUACUUCUCUCAUCCUUCCUUUAGAUCUCUUAUCUUUCUGCAGUUCACUGUCACUUUGAAAUAAUCUAACCCUCUGUAGAUUUAUAAAGCCUCUAAGCAUCCAAGAACCUCAAGUCUUUCGCAGACAAACUUUUCUGGGGCCAUUAUUCAUCUUCUACAGAAAGAGAGGUUUUUGGGGUUACCCCUGGUCAGAGAUUGCUAAUAUCAUUUGAAGGGCUGUGACUACUGGAACAUCUGGAGGUGACAGAUGAGUCCUUGGCUGAGGGAUUUGUCUUCUGUGAUGACCAACAAGUGCUGAAGUCUGAUCUUUGCCUGAGCAGCCCUGGUGCUUUAUGAGCUGAAGCGCAUGCACUACCUGGCCUGUGUGAUGAAGAGGGACAAGCUGGCAGAGCCACUGUUUCCCUGUGCCAGAAGUUACAAGCCUAUCUGCCUUGCCUCCUCUGCAGAGCACCCAUCACCCUUGUCGACCUCUCCGUGCCUUGAAAAGCUCUGUGCUGAUGGCAAUGUCUCACUGCUCUCGUCUCCACUCCACGGCUGCUAAAGUCAACCUACUGGUGUUGGUGGUCUCGGCAGUGUUUUCCUGCUCGAGCUUAAGUGACAGAGUUCCUGAGUUUGCCCUUACGAAAAUAGAAGAGAGCGACAUAAAAGAUGACAGUGGGAAAGAGCCAGCAACAGAAGAUGAAGCUGAUUCGGAAGACUUAGAAGCGUUUUACCCAACACAUCAAUGGCAAACUCUUCAUCCAGGUCAAGCUGUUCCUGCAGGGUCACAUGUACGAUUAAAUCUGCAGACGGGAGAAAGAGAAGCCAAACUCUCAGACAGUGAAAAUGGAAAAAGUGACAUGAGAGAAGAGAAAAGAAGAAAAAGGCUGGGCAAGAUGGAUAUUGACUCAAAUUCGUUCACAUCGCAGGAGCUCAAAGAGGCUUUGGCUAAAAUGAAGGAAAGUGAGAAGACAGAAAGAAUGGCCCGUGAGGAAGAGGUGAGAAAGAAGUUUCGUCCCAUAGAAGAACUGAAGGAGGAGUUUGAAAAGCUGAAUGUGAAGUUGGAAACAGAUUAUGAAAUCAUGGUUAAAUUAAUCAGCAAAUUCAACAGCUCUGCUUCUACGCUGGAUGAAAAAGUAGCAGCGCUCUAUGAUCUGGAAUAUUAUGUUCAUCAGGUGGACAACGCUAAAGAUUUCCUUUCCUUGGGUGGACUUCAGCUGGUGAUUAACGCGUUGAACAGCACAGAGGCCAUACUCAAGGAACAUGCUGCCUUCGUGCUGGGAGCUGCGCUGUCCAGCAACCCCAAAGUCCAGAUAGAAGCAAUCGAGGGAGGUGCGCUACAGAAGCUCCUGGUUAUUUUGGCUACAGAACAACCCCUGGCUGUCAAGAAGAAGGCUCUUUUUGCCCUGUCCUCCAUGCUGAGACACUUCCCCUACGCCCAGCAGCAGUUCCUCAAGCUUGGAGGCCUUCAGGUCCUCAGGAACCUCUUCAGGGAGAAAGGCAUGGAGGCCCUCUACAUCCGUGUGGUGACACUCCUCUACGACCUCAUCAUGGAGAAGAUGCUGCUGGAGGACUCUCAGAACGGAGAUCAACUGGAAGAGAAAAUUCAGCAGUACCGGCAAGUCAAGCUGGUGCCAGCGGUGGUCGAGCAGGACUGGUGCGUGAUCGUUUCCAACCUCUUGGCCAUGCCGGAGCAUGACACGCGAGAGAAGGUCCUCAAGACGGUGAGUGUGCUGAUGGCCUUCUGCAAGGAGCGCUACCAGGGCGACCAGACCCUCGGCACCACACUCAGCCUGCUGCGCAGGGAGUACGAAGAACUGGCAGCAGAGGAGCAAAGGGAAGGUGACAAAGAUGGCUAUUUCAAGGAACUCCUUGGCUCUGUAAAUACUAUCAUUCAGGAAUUAAGAUCAAAAUAGCUGUCAUUUCACUUAAAUUUUAAGUAAUUCAAGACAACAGCAUGAGUUUUGAUGGCACAUGUGUAAAUGCACUUUUGAAUAAACUGCUGGACUACAUGGUAUCUCUCCAGCA